AUGAAGAACAUGGUGAAAAAUAGAAAAGAAAAAGAAAGUCAUAUAUCUGACGAUUCUAAAAAAGAAAAAAAUGAAAGAAAAGAAAUAAGUAAAAUAAAAUUAAUUUUUGUUAAUAUUUACAAAAUGGUAAAAAAAAAAAUUAAGAGUAAACACAAAUAUUCUUUUUUUAUGGGGAUAUUUAUUGUAUUCCUAAUUUGCAGUGGAUUUUUUCAAAUACUUACAGAAUUAUAUCAUACUCAUUUUUAUAAUUUUAAAUAUAUUGAUGUAUCAAAUACAGAAAAACUAAAAGAAGUAUUUUUUAAUAAUACACCAUAUUUAGUUUAUUGUAAAAAUAGUAAGCAUAAAAGUAUACACCCAGUUAUUAAUUCAAGUAGAUUAAAUUACCCUGAUAUAUUGAAUGUAGCUAUUAUAAACUGUAAAAGUUUAUUACCAAGUCAGCAAAAUAUUUAUCAAAGAUUUAAUUUAGAUGAAAGUAUUCCAGCUUUUAUUAUUAGUUAUGGGAAAAAACCAAAACCGAUUAGCUUAAACAUAUUAAAUAAUAAAAAAAAAUUUUUAUCAUUUAUAAGAGAUUCAUUAGUAUUUUCAGUACCACUUUUUAGUAAGUUUCCUCAAUUCCAAACAAAAUGCCUUAAUCAAAACAAAAAAUGUAUUUUAUUUAUAAGUAGUAAAAAUUUAAUACGUAGUAACAUAAAAUAUAAUUACAUUAAUGAUAUUUUCAUUAAUAAUAAAUAUUUUUCAAUAAAUCCAAUGAUAAUUGACAGCAGUAGAUUUCAAUUAAAAUUAAAUGAUGAAAUAUUUACUUCUUAUUCUAAAAAUAAAGAUAUUCAUGUACUUUGUCUUUUUAAUCAUCAUAAAGACAAAAUUGAUGAAUAUUAUGGAUAUUUUUAUAAAGAUAAUUUUGAAGAUUUCAAAAAAUUAUCAAAUUUUGUUUUAAGUUGUAUGAAUGCUACUAAUGAAAGUAGUCAAGUAAUUAAAUUAUCAAAUACUCCUAAAAUUAAGUAUAGAACAUAUAAACAAAAGUAA